UGUCGAAUUAUUGGCAUUUCAGAACUCUUACACAGUCAAACAAUUUGAUUAAAAAAUUGAUUUUGUAGAUUUAUAGUCUUUUUUGUAUUUUUUUAUUGUUUAACUGUUUCGUUUUCUUGACAGGUUGGUUGGGUUUUCUAGUUUUUGUGUCAUACACAUUUAUGCAGCAUAUUUUUUUUUUGUUAUUGAUCAAAAAUACGCUUUUUACCGCAGCUCCCAGAUAAGAUAAGAAAGGCACGUAUUUGAAUACAGGUGUUAUAUCUGCUUUGCUCAGUGUCAAUGUUUCAGUGUACCUAUUUGUGUUCACAACAAACUGAAAGCUCGUUUUCUGUAAAAAAAACUAAAAAGAUCAAAUUUCCAAAACAUGGCCAAAAGGCAAUUGUUAAUUUCAUCUGUAGUGGGCCUGUUGAUUUUGAUCUUCCCCUUAUUGAUUGUGGCCUUUACCAGCAAUGAUAACGAGAUAAAAGAUAUUGAACGUUCAUCGAAUUUACACAAAUUCCAGGAAGAGCUGUGGAUCAAAUUCAAACAUUUUGAAAGAAAAAUGGAGUCUGAAGUAACAAAGUUGAAGACAAAAGUAGAACUGUUAGAGGCUAAAGUUUUGGAGCAGGCUGAACUGUUGAAGGAAUGCAAUACCUGCAGUCCCACGAGCAAUAUGUUCGACAACGAUAUGCCUGUCGAUCAUGUUAAAAACGUAAGGCCCCUCGCGAAGACAACCCUACAACCGAAGACUUGUUUGGAAGCCCUCACGUCUGACCCUUCACUAGAAUCUGGGAUGUAUUGGAUUGAUCCAGACGGACAGGGAAGAGGAGACAACCCCAUUUACGUGUAUUGCAAUAUGACUUCAGGAUCAUCGUCAAUACUGCAUGACAGUGAGAAUUCAACUGAUGUUGACCAUUGCUUCGAUCCUGGUUGCUACUCCCGGCAGAUCAAGUACAAUGCUACGCUUAGGCAAAUAACAAUGCUUGCUGAAUUGUCCAACGAAUGCCACCAGUCAAUCCAAAUUAAUUGUUUCGAUGCUGCCCUCGAAUUCAACGGAAUUGCUUACGCUUGGUGGAACGACCGAAACGGUGAUGAACGUUAUUUCUGGUCUGGCACAAACAACAAUUUAAGUGCACAUUACCACAGUUGCCAGUGUGGGCUUGAAGGAUCCUGUGUUGACAAAAGCCUUUUGUGCAACUGCGACAGCGAUUUGGCGAUGGAAUUAUCCGACAACGGAGUAAUAACCGACAAGGACUUGCUACCUAUCACAAAAUUGAAUUUCGGAAGGACCAUUGCUCCGACUUCGAUGAGUAGCUACAAAAUCGGCCGCUUGGAGUGCAGCGGGAAAGUUGUUCUCAACGGAAUGCCGACGUCGUGUCAGGAUCUUUGGCGCGUCGGUUACAUUUUAAGUGGAAUAUACUCUAUCAAAGGAUCGUCUAGCAGAGUGGAAACGGUGUACUGUGAUUUCAAUAAACUACCUGGUGACGAAGGACUCCAGACGUGGAUUGGAUACGACGAUGUUAAAUCGGAGCCUGUGUAUUUUAAUGUUGGAAGAAACACUUCCUUCAGCACUUCGGGUAAGGCAAUGCCUUUCGAACAAGAAAAUUUGAACGUCGGAAAUGCUUUCGACUUGUCGUCGGGAACGUUCGUCGCUCCUUGCAAUGGAACAUACUUUUUCGCAUUUACAAGCUUUGCAGAUAAUUCCUAUGAUUCAUUUUAUUUUUCUCUUAAUUUAAAUGAUGUUCAAAUUACCAACUGCUACAAUCCAGUAAGAACCCUUUAUUAUUGCACCGUGCUGUACACUGUCAACCUAAACUCGGGAGAUCAAGUUCAGAUGAUUCUUCAGCGAGGAUCAACGAAUAAUGCGAUUUUUACUGGAGCGUUGCUCGCAGAAAAUGUUUUCUAAACUUCUUUUGCGUUUUCAAAACGAAAAACCAUGUUUCUAUGUAUUUUGGGAAAUAUUGGUGGGACGCCUUGCAUGUCUAUAGAAAAGAACAAGCACAACAAAAUAAAACUGAUUUUCCCUA